UGUAAUUGAUUAUAUUUGCAAUUGGUUAUAUCUUAAAGCUGUUUCUUCUUCAGGUCUGAGUGUGCUAUUCUCUCCCAAAGACGUCUCAAUUCGCCAACCACUUGUGCUGAUAAUCCUCUGUUUUGUUUCAGUCUGAAGAAAUUCAUUUUUGGUGAUUUGAUAUUUGUGAGCCCAGUCAGACAGUGAGAUAAUAACAAUCCUCGACACCACUACUAUUCAAUUUGAGAUUGAAAUGAAUUGCUAAAUGUCUAAUCACAUAUUUCCAACACAAUUAUUCAACAAGAUAACCCUCCUGCCCAACCAUUAUAAUCGACCCUACAACAAACAUAGACAUUGAGAUAGAUUAGACUGAAAUUAAAAAUAUAUACAAAUCCGAAAAUGAAAAUGAAAAUUAAAUAUAAAUCACUAUCUCCCUAUUGCAUUAUUUUACUCUUGUUUUUUCAAUUCACUUUAUCAAACUCUUUGGACCUAUCGACCUACGAUAAUUACAAAAACUUCACUUGUGAAGACAUCCACAAAAUUCCCGAUAUCGAUAAAUGCGAUUUUGUCAAAUCAAACUGUGCAAGCCAAAAAAUUGGUUUUUUAAACUAUUUAAGUCUUUAUUAUUGCAAAUCACAGAAAAAUUCGUUUUUUCAUUUACUCUUGUCAAAAAGUUCCAUAAUCCUAAUCCUAAUAACCAUUCUCUUCUUAAUAAUAUUGUUUACUACUCUAGGUUUAACAGCUUCUGAUUAUCUAUGUCCCAAUCUAAACUCAAUAUCAAAAUUCCUACAACUUAAUGAGAACAUAACUGGCUUAACUCUACUUGCACUUGGAAAUGGCUCUCCAGAUAUCUUUUCCACCUUCACUGCAAUGAAAAUAGGCUCUGGUUCUUUGGCAAUUGGUGAACUAAUUGGUGCUGCUUUCUUCAUUGUUUCUGUUGUUAUUGGUUCUUUGGCCAUCUUAAAACCCUUUAAAAUAUACAAAAAGACUUUUCUAAGAGAUGUCAUUUUUUUCACAUUUUCAAUUUUAAUCCUAGAUUACCAAUUACUAAUCAAAAGAAACUUAUCACUUUGGUUUUGCUUCAACCUAAUCAUGUUAUACUUAGUUUAUGUCUUUUUGAUUUUAAUCUGGAAUUUUAUCUCAAUGAAAAUCCUUAAAAAAAAGAAAAUGGAGUUAAAAUCAAGAUCUUUUUAUUCUAAUGAUAUUAACAAUUCAAUCAACUCCAAUUAUGUUGUCGAUAAUAUUAAAAAUACUUCUGAAAUCAAUCCUGACAAUAAUAAUGAUGAUAAUGAUGAUAACGAUGAUGAUGAUGAUGAAAGAAUUCCAGAUAUCGAUGAAUUGAUUCCAGACCCAAGUCAACAGCCUAAAACAGUAACUAGAGAAUCAACUAUCAAUUUAAAUUUAAACCCCUUCAUCUCAUCUUCAUCCUCUUGUUCUUAUCCAAACUCAAUCAAAAACAACAACAACAACAACCUCAAUUUUAAUAACAAUAACAAUAACAAUAAUACCACCAUCAUCACCGCCACCACCACUAAUAAUAGCACCACUAUACCAACGUUUGCUAUCAAUAAUGACUCCACUAAUAUUCAUCAAAAUAUCAUUAAAAACUCAUCCUUAAAUGCAGAUACCUCAUCUCUCUCCAUAAACAGUUUUAACUUAUUUAAUAAUUUAAUUGAUCUUGAAAAUAAUAGCAUUGCUGAUGAUGACUAUAACGAAGAAGAUGAACUAAUAGGCUCUUCAACUAUUUUAUUACGUCCUUCAUUACUCAAUGCAUUGGAAUUCAAACAAACUGUUGAAAAUUUAAAGAAAAAUAAUAAUUUGCCUUUUUUUGGUUAUAUCAAUAACAAUAUUAACAAUGAUAACAUCAUAAACAACUUAAAUUUCACCAAUAACAAUGCAUCUGAUAUUUCUAUUAAAACCCAACCACAGCCUCAUUUUCAAUUAAACGUUUUUGAUAACAACGACAAUGACAAUGAUAUAGAAUUUCAUAAUAAUAAUCAUAAUAAUAACAACUGCACUGAUAAUAUUAAUGACAAUAAUAAUAAUUCACGUUCUUUAUCUUUACCCUCCACUGCAAAUAAAAAAUCAGCUCGUCGUUCUUACCAUUCAAGAAAAAGUCAUGUAUCAAACAUAGAUUUUGAUUCAAAUGUCGAUGACAUGACAUUAUCACCUUUAGCAUUAAAUACAGAACCAAAACAAAAAUUACAAACAAUAUCAUUGCCUAAAACACCUUCUCCAGUCUCCUUAAUUCUAUCUUCUCCUUCUUCUCCUUCCGAUUCUGCAUGCUCUUCAUCUUCAUCAACCAUGCCUCCGAAGGAAACUCAUGAAAAUUCUUUGCAUUUAAUUGACCUGCAUAAUCAUAUCGUCUCAUUUGAUAAAUCUACAAUUAGGCCCACAACCGAGCCUUUUUAUAAUGAUAAAAACUUCAGCAGAAGAAGGAAUUAUAAAAAAUUAAUAGUAUUAAACAGUCAACCACUCUAUAAAGAUAAUCCAGGUAACACCUUUAAUGAUAUGGAUUUAGAAAUUGCAAAUGAUUUUAAAAUGCCUCUAGAUUUUUCGUUAAAUCAAGAUAAAGAUGACAACUCAAUUGAUAAUUCAACAAGCAGUUCAAAAUUAUUGCCUGCUGUUUCUAAUAUUUCAGCAGAUUAUAAUAGUAUUCAUAAUACUAUAGAUUCAGAUGAUAAUAAAGUCCGUAAAACCGAUUCUAAUCUUAAUCCAGAUGUAUUUAAAUCAUUUAAUGGAUCAACUCAAGUUAGUCCAAUUUCUGUUGAACAAUACGAAUCAAGUAUUAGCCAUAUUCAUAACGAUUCACAUCCUGACGGAUUACUUAAGAGCACCAAUACAAAUGAAAGCAAUAACCAGUUAUUAUCACCAUCUCAUAUAAACAAUGCAAAUGGAAGUCCAUUUAAUGUUGGGAGAUCCAGGUCAUCUUCAAAUAUAACGAUUUAUUCCCUUGAUUUGGAUGGUGAAGAAACUUCAAAUUCCUUGUUUAAUAAGAUUAAGAAAUUAAUAAUUGGUAAGAGACUUUCAAAUAUUUCAAAUGGCAAUCAUUCCCAAUCCAAUCAAGCCUCUAUUAUAACAACAAGAAGAAGAAGGAGAAGAAGAUCAAAUUUGCAUAUCAGUUCUUCUAAGCCAUUGAAAGAUCGGAUUUUAACAAAUAUCAUCCAUAUUUUGUUUCCAAGUUUUUUAAAUUUUUCCGAAAAAUCAUUGAUUGAUCAAUCCUUGUUAAUUUUAGUAUCGCCAAUUGUUUUGUUAUUACGAUUGAGUAUUCCAGUUAGAGAUUAUCAUAAAGAUAUUAAAUCCGAUGUCAAAACAGUAUACAAACUAAUUAAAUUAAAACAUCUUAAUGAUACAAAUGUGCACAUGAACAAUAAUGUUACCAGUCCAGAAUUGAAUCCUUCUACCUCAAAUUACUUGUCACCAUCUCUUCAAGCUGUUGAGGAUUCCAUUAGUUUUGCAGGGUUUGAUGGCGAGUUCAAUGAAUCAAGUACUGCUUCAAUACCAAUUUCUAACUACGUUAAUCAAUUAGUGCUAUUAGCUGCUCAAUCGGUUCUAUCACCUUUUAUAUUAAUCUAUUUUAUGUUUUCCACCAACGAUGAAUCCGAUGAGGAUGGUGUUCCCUUAUAUCUUUAUUUAAUUGGGAUGAUAAUUUCAAUCUUAAUGUUAUCAAUGGUUACCUAUACUUUUCAUCCCAAAAAGAUAUCUCUUUAUGAAAUAAUAAAACAUAAACUUUUUGACAAAGACUCAGAAUGUGAAUUUCAAUUUCAGGCUAAGCCAAAGUCAUAUCAAAAUAGAACAUCAAGAAAUUUAAUUAACGAACUUUCAAAGGACUCUUUUAUUAUAAAUAAUCUUAAAUUCAAAAACAUUGCAAACUUCAUUUUAUCGUUUGUUGGCUUUUUGGUUAGCAUAUCGUGGAUUUCAGUUAUUGCAACUGAAGUGAUUGCCAUUCUUAAAUUUUAUGCAAUCAUCUGGCAUUUAUCGGAUGCAAUACUUGGAAUAACAGUUUUUGCCAUUGGAAACUCAUUAGGUGAUUUUAUUUCCAAUUUUACCAUUGCUAAAAUGGGCUUUCCACGUAUGGCAUUAGCUGCUUGUGUUGGUGGGCCCUUGUUGAAUAUAUUAAUUGGAAUUGGAGGCAGCGGAUUAAUCAUAAUUCCAAACAAAGAAUACCAGAGACAGCUUCCAAAUAUCAUUGAAAAUGGGAUGGACUAUAAGGUUGAGUUAAGCUCAACAUUAAUAGUGAGUAACCUCGCUUUGUUGGUGAAUUUGAUUUUUCUACUAGUUGCAGUUCCAUCAAAUGACUGGAAAAUGAACCGAUUUAUUGGGAUUACAAUGAUAAGCAUCUGGGCUACAGCCACUACUUUCAAUGUUUUAAUUGAGAUAUUUGUGUAA